AUGCUGACUUACCAGAAGCAGAUUUGGGACACACUCUUAGAACAAGAGAGUGGACUUGUACUCUGUGGAAAGGGCAUGGAUACAAUAGAGAUUGUGAAACAACUAGUUGUUAAGUAUUCUCAAGAAAGCAAAUUCGUAUUUGUUUUCGGAUGUCCUGAAAACGCAAAAUACAAAAUAAUUUGGGAAUGUGCCGAUUGUGGUAUUGAGUUUUUACCCAAAGAUAUCGAGAAAGCGGUCGGUAAAAAAGAAAGAGACCAGGCAUAUGCUGCAAAUAACGUUUACUUCCAUAGUCCUGGAAUUCUAGCGAAAGAUUUCCUACUAGAAACUAUAGAUCCGACUAAAAUAGAAGGAAUUAUUAUAUACAAUGCAGAAAGUAUUUUAAGAGAUCCUAGUCUUCAAACGUGUAUCGCAUAUUACAAAUCACAUCAUCCCAAAGGCUUUAUUAAAGCAUUUUCAGAGCGUCCAGCCGAGUUUACAGAACUAUCUUCAGUCAUGGAUUUGUUAUGGAUCAGAUUUGUAUAUUUUUCACCUCGUUUUGAAGAAACUGUCAAGAAUUCCAUCAACCCGUGUAAAAUACAAAUCGUUCAUAUAUCAAUACAUCCAGAAAGAGCUUCUCCAAAGAAAAAACAUUCAGAUAAGUUUGUUCCUGUCGUAAGUCCUGAAUUUGCGCGAACAUUUGACUUCCUAUCACUUCUUCAUAAACAAUUCAUCAGUGAAUAUGGUCGUCAACUCAAUGUUUCUCCUAUUGAUUCAUUAUCUUUACCACGCCGCAUUCUUGAGCAAAGAUGUACUACUGAUACUCACCAGGAAAUUCUUUCUGGCCUCAUGUUCUUCAGAAAUGCAUUUUUUGCAUUAAUUCAUUACCCUCCUGAAGCAUUUUACGAAUUUCUGGAUUCUCAUCGACCAAAUCCGCUAAAUCCUCAAAUAUGGGCUGGUUUUGCAGAGGUAAAUCCCUUAUACGAAGCUGCAAAGAAGUAUUCAACAGAUUCAUUACCUUCUCCAAAGCUCCAGUACAUUGUUAACAUACUAGAAAACAUUCCUAAGAACAAAAGAGUCCUUAUUCUUGCAGAAGGAACAGCAACUGUUGCAAUGAUUGCACAAUAUUUAUCAUCUUUCAUUCCUGCAACGGAUUCUAAAGAUGUUGCAGGAUCAGUUCAUUCUAUACUCGAUGUAGAUGACGAAGAACCACUUCUUGACCCAGAAGUUUUUGGAGUUUUGACAGCUCCGAUUAUUAUGUUGCAAGAAAUGCAUGCACAAGCAGAUAUCUUCGAUACUUUCGAUCCAGACUUUGUUAUCUUCUGGGAUGUAACACUUUUGUCCGUCAGAAGACUGGAAAUUUACAAUACUCGUGCAUCUAAGAACGUUACAGGCUAUGCAUUAUGUUAUGAUGAAGCCAAUGAAAUGACAGCCAUGGAGACCUCAAUAGAAAACGAAAACCAGAUCUUUACAAAAUUAAUUUCAAAAUUGUCGACAAUUUCUAAAACUCCGCUCGAACCAUUUGUUGUUACUAACAGAGAAAUUGUUGUUGAUGAUAGAGAGUUCAGAUCCGCUAUGCCUCUCGCAUUACUCAAAGCCGGAUUUAAAAUUACUCCUAGUGUCAUCACCGUUGGCGAUUAUGUCCUUACUAAAGACAUUGUCAUAGAGCGCAAAGCAUAUAGUGAUCUUGUACAGUCCUUGAAAAGUGGUCGAUUGCUCCAACAAAUACAAAGAAUGCACAAUUAUUAUAAAAGUCCAAUGUUGAUGCUUGAAUUCGGCGAUGUCGACCAAUUUAACGCUAUUUCUGAUAGGGAUAAGAAUGGUUCUGUCAUGGCAAAGAUCACUACAAUAAUAAGGGUCUUUCCGAACUUGAGAAUCAUUUGGGGAAGGAACGCGAAUGAAUGUGCGAAAACAUUACUUUUGUUAUCAAGAGGAAAAGACCAACCAUCACUAGAAAUGGCCCAGGAAAUGGGAAAUGAUGGUUCAAAUAUAAAUGAUGAUUCAAAGGCUGUUAGGUUCUUGAGUGUCAUUCCUUUCUUGUCGAAAGAACAUGUAUCUCUAAUAUGUCACAGAUGUAAAAAUAUCAGAGAAUUGCUCUCCCUUCCGAAAGACGAAUUGAUGACGAUUCUUGGCCCACAAAUUGGAAUCAAACUUUUCUCUUUGCUGCAUUCACAAGCGAAGAACUCUCUUAAAUAA